UUCACCAGAAACCAAUCUUCAGAAGUAUGAAAAAUAAGUAUCUGUUGGUUUAGCCACCCAAUCGCCAACAUUUUGUUAUAGUAACCCAAUUGAUAUAAUACAGAUCAGUUUAAUGACAUACCAAUGGUGCUGGUUAUGCAUACAACUUUAAAUAAUAAGAUAUAUGUGUCAUUCUUAUUAUUGCUGCAGAGUUUUUGAAAGUGAGGGGACCUUUUUCACCCAGUUGAGAUUUACCCAGGGUCCUAAAAGGCUGGACAUUCAGAGUCCAUUGUCUCUCGCAAAUGAAAAAAAUUCUUAAUAAAGGUUACAUCAUUUCAGAAGGCUCUAUGGGCAGGAGGGAGUGGCAGCCUCACAAAGGUCAUUGCAACUAAGGUUUUGGGAAGAGUAAAAUGGUUCAAUGUAAGGAAUGGAUAUGGUUUCAUCAACAGGAAUGACACCAAGGAAGACAUAUUUGUACAGCAAACUGCCGUAAAGAAGAAGAACCCCAGGUAGUACCUUCGCAAUGUAUCCAUGUUGUAGGGGUCCUCCAGGCAAUUACCAGCAAAAUUAUCAGAAUAGUGAGAUUGGGGAAAAGAACGAGGGAUCAGAAAGCGCUCCUGAAGGUCAAGCCCAACAACACCAGCCCUAUAGCAGGCGAAGGUUCCCACCUUACUACUUGAGGAGACUGUAUGGGCGUCAGCCACAGUAUUCCAACCCUUCUGUGAUGGAGGGUGCUGACAACCGGGAUGUGGGAGAGCAAGGUAGACCAGUGAGACAGAAUGUAUAUGGGGUUACAGACCAUGAUUCUGCAGGGGCCCUCCUCGCCAAAGUCAGCCUAGAGAGGAUGGCAAUGAAGAGGACAAGGAAAAUCAAGGAGACGAGAACCAAGGUCAGCAGCCACCUCAGCAUCGGUACCGCCGUAACUUCAACCCUAAUCCACAGCUGAGAAUUCGCCUGCUCCCCAGGCUGAGCAAAUACCGGCUUACCAUCUCUAUCAUCAUCAGGUUUGGUCAUCCAACAAGAAGAAAUGAAUAUGAAAUUCCAGCAAUAAGAAAUAAAAGAUUGGAGCUGAAGACCUUAAGUGCUUCUCUAUCUGCUUUAUCUAUGCAGCAUGGGGUUUUUAUUUUUAUCUAAAGAUGUCUCUUUUUGGUAAUGACAAAUGUGUGUGUUUUAAAGUCUGGUUUUUCUCAAUACACCUUUGAUGGUUUUUAAAUUGUUUCAUAU